CUUCAUAUUAAUGCCUCUCCCAAUAAUACCAUUGUCACUUUGACUCGACCUAAUGGCUUACCUUUAAUCACAACCUCUGGAGGAUCAGCAGGAUUCAAGAAAGCUGCUCGUAGUGGAUAUGAAGCAGCACAUCAAGCAUCACUUCAGCUUUUGGAAAAGAUGCAAGCAAAGAACUUACAGGUGGCUCAUGUUCACUUCAUCUUGAAGGGAUUUGGACCUGGAAGGGAAGCUGCAUUUAAAGCUUUAGCUACAGGCGCAACUUGGAAAAUUAAGCGAAUCACAGAUGCUACACCUGUUCCCUUUGGUGGUUGUAGACCAAAGAAGGCUAGACGUCUCUAA